AUGGUGAUACCAUAUGAACUCUUUCGAAUUUUAUACGGCACUGUCUCGACAGGAGAUCUUAUAAAGCGAGGGGACUGGGCUGAAGAGAAGGCUAAAGAAGCUGGCCAAGCUGCUUGCAGGCUCGAGAAGCCUCCAGUUGCUGACCAGGUUCACGUGGUAUUGUGGGUAAUCAAAGCCAACGACAUUCGUUUUGUGAAUGACCAGUAUAUGGACAAGUUUGAUUUCGUGCGACAAAUGUUAAACAAGGAAGGUGUUACCAUAAUAACAGCCGUCACGCACGAUGACAAAUUGUCGCCUGAAGACAGGAAUGACGUCAGAAAGAAAGCCAUGGAAGUUACCGGAAGCAAGAAGGCUCAAACCUUUGUCCUCGCUAAUUGGCUGGAAGAGUAUGAGGAGUAUGACGUCAGAUACCAGCGGGAUGUGUUGAAAAUGUUGCACACUGCGCUUGGGAGUGGAGAGAGAUCAGUCAGAGCCCGGCAGAUUCAGCGAAAACUGAAUAAAAACAAAUGACAGCACAACACGUCGAUUUGACGUUUAAGAUCAACAUUCUGUUUGUAUUUGUUUUAUUGUAGUAUAUUGAGCGAGAAUUGUGAUAAGCAGUGCAAGCUGGAGGUCAGAGAGUUUUUUUCUAAUGAUUUUUAAGUUUGGCCAAAAGAGUAUCGCAAACGUCUCGAAAAAAAGCUUUUGGUUAGUGGGUCUCCAUAACCUCAGUACUUUACUUAAUUAAUUUGAUUCGUUCUUUUGGCGAUCACAGCAGUCCAUGACUGACCAUUGCCGAGAUAGAUUCACGUACUUGAAGCCUCCAAAAUUCGGAAUCAGAAGCUGUUUAGCCAGCAUUAGUUACAGCCGUUACUCACUCUAUGCUUGUUCAGAUGCCAUAAGUCAACUUAAACGCAUGCGUACAAUCAAAUUG